CUUUUCCAUAAUCCCCUGCGUCCAUGUCACCAACUAUUUAGACACCAUGCUUAUACUAUGGUAGUGGCAGCACAGCUGCAAUAGACGAUAAUAAUAAGGAUGUGUAUAUAUGAUCAAGUAUUAUCGGAGAUAUCUCAAUGGCGACGAAUGAGAGCACCCCGGUGAGGGCUGGAGCCUCCGCUGUUCCUUAUGGACAUGUCAUCGGGAGCGAGAAAUGGAGAGGAACUGAACUUGCGCAAUUAUUACAAGGAAAAAUAAAACUUAUGUUUGAAGACGGCUUGGGACUAGUAGACUUUCAUCUGUCUAACCGAGCCUGCGUACUCUAUAUAUCAGAGAGCGACAUGGUGUCAGGAAAUGCUUUCAAAAGACGACUGGUCCGCUUUCGUAAAGCUAGCAACUUGAAAGGCCUGGUUAUAGCAGAGAGGACCCGGCUGAGUGAUCAGUACUUUGCCCCGGUACAGAAUUUUAUCGUCCUAGAACUUGGCAUGGUGUUACUCCCGGUCACCAAUCAGAGUGAGGCAGCCCAACUUAUUGUUCAUUUAGUGCAGGAGCGAAGUCGGGAAGGGGGCAGUAACCCUUUCCUUGCCAAGAAGCACGGCCAUCUCUCUGAUGCCAGCGUUCUCCAGAGCGUCCAGACCAUCCCAGGCGUGGGGAGGGUGAAGGCUCAGCAACUCCUGCAGCGCUUCCCUAGCAUCCAGCAGCUCUCAGAUGCCUCCCUCAGAGAACUGGAAGCCGUAGUGGGACGAGGAAUUGCCAGCAACAUCCAUUCCUUCUUUACACAGACGUCGGGUCACAGCAGUGACUCUCACCCUCUAUGACCCCAUUAUCUGCAUUAAGGAUGUAGGCUGUCAUGGCCACUUCCAGCUUUAUAGGGGCUGUGAUAUGUUGUUUACCUACCAGCCCGACACACCAUAUCUUCAAAAGGGCAGAGAGUGCUCUGGAUUUUCUUUCAGUCAGAGAGAUGUUUUAAUAAAUGGAAUCCACUAUUCUGCACUAAUAAGUCAUCACUGAGCUACAGUAACGGAUACUAAUCUUCCCCCAGUGCUGUCUGACCUGAUGCCUCUGUAAUGCAGACCUGACUAAUACUGCCAGUGAUGUGACCUGGAAUACGGGGCGGAGUCUGUGCACAGAGGGCUAUAUCUCCAAAUGAUCUGUCACUGCGAGGUGCACACAGUAUAAUAACUGGGGGAAACGUUCCCGAUGCUUUUUAGUUAUUCGAGAUAUGUAGGGAAAUAGGGGAGGGGGAUAUGUUCUGCACCAGCUACUAAUUCUAAAUAAUUGCUAUUUGAAGAAAAAAGAGAGAGAACCCCGAUAAAUGUCCGUCAGUUUGAUUAGGUACUAAUUACUGGACGUUCCGGGGGGCUACCAGAGACAAGUUGAGUUAUACAAAGAAGAAAAAAAAGGAGGAAAGAAUGUCUCUUUGCUGGCGCACAGAUGAAAAUUAAAAAUUAACUUUAAAUAGAUUCGUUAAAAUUGUCUAACCACGAAAUAAAGAAAGUGCAAUAAACUUGUGUGAUAUAAUUAUCAUAUAUGGUGAAUGAAAAUAAAUUAUUAAAAUCAA